CACCACCUGUUUAUGACAGUCAGAGGCUGCAGCAGCCAAAGCAAAGGCAACACGCAGCAGCAAGGAAAUCACUGUGUUUUACACCCUGUAAACUGGAAAUGACUGACACACAACUGCUCUCUGAGGUGAGAUGUGAUGGACGAGACUCUGAGCAGAGAAAGGUCAACGACACAGACCCAGAAGAGGAGGAAAAGUGCACAUGUGCAACAGAGGAUUCAAAGAGGAUGUGGAAAACCCCCUCUCUCCAGGAGCUGGAGGAGGUUUUACAUUCAGCUCCACGCUCCUGUCGACACGGAGACGAAGUGUGGCCCAACCUGUAUCUUGGGGACAUGUUUAUGUCUCAUGACAAGCUGGGGCUCUGGCAGCUGGGCAUCACUCAUGUUCUGAACGCUGCGCAUGGAAAGCUCUGCUGUAAGGGCUGUGAUGACUUUUAUGGAACAACAGUGAGAUACUACGGCAUCCCAGCCAAUGACCUGCCAACAUUUGACCUUUCACCUUUUUUCCACCCCGCCUCUGAGUUCAUCCACCAGGCUUUGACAUCAGGAGGGAAGGUGUUUGUGCACUGUGCUGUGGGUGUGAGUCGCUCGGCUGCCUUGGUCCUAUCCUACCUGAUGAUUCAUCACAAGCUCAGUCUUCUGUCCUCUACACGCUGUGUGCAACAGAAACGCUGGAUUUUCCCAAACAGAGGCUUCCUGCGACAGCUUAUUGCCCUGGACCGAAGACUGCAGGACGAAGGGUCGAACGAGGCCAAAUAAAACGAAGCGAGGAGCAACCCUGUAAUAAAUCCAUAGAACUGUCUUCCCCUUAGUUUGCAGAAGUCAAUGUCCUCAUUCACAUAAUGCAAGACUGUCUCCAUUUGUACCAUGUAUACACUAAACAGUUCAGUUGUAUCCACCCCUCCCCCCCAUUGUCUUUUCCUGGUGUGACCUCAGUGGUGACAGAGAAAGUCCCCGUAUUUUCAGACCAAUCAAUGCAACAGCAACAUUAAAUAACUCUACAUCCAGUCAGAGAGAACUCACUGAACACAGGGAGCUAAUUUUAGAGGCAAGCGGCAUUCAAACAACCACCUGCUCUCGUCUCUCACUGAGCUGCCGACUCUGGUGGUUAAGGGACGGUGGACAGAGACACAGU